AUGUCGGGCCUCGACAAGGCACUGUUUAAUCUCAAGUUCACAUCUAAACAGCUCAAUCGGCAGGCUGCCAAAGCCGAUCGAGAUUCUCGGGCGGAGCAAGCGAAACUCAAGAAAGCCCUCACCCAGAACCCACCUCAACCUCAAAUUGCCCGCCUCUAUGCAACGAACUCCAUCCGAAACUCUCAACAACGAAUUCAACUUCUCACGUUAGCUGCUCGCAUCGAUGCAGUUGCCGCACGAGUCCAGACAGCCAUUACCAUGCGCACUGUGACAGCCUCUAUGGCACAGACAGUCAAAGGAAUGGACGCAGCCUUAAAAAACAUGGACUUGGACAAGAUAGGCGCCGUGAUGGAGAAGUUCGAGUCGCAAUUCGAAGACCUUGAUGUUGUGUCCGGAUACUACGAGAACGUCGCCGGCGGAGUCGAAAGUCAACAAGUCGGAGCCCAGGGCCAAGGUGAGGUUGAUGCCUUGAUGAACCGAGUGGCAGAUGAAGCAGGUGUCGAGCUGUCCCAGGAGAUGCAGCAAAAGGUGCCGGAGCACGAGCUACAACAAGCAGAAACUGCAGACAGAUCGAAACUGGAAGAAGGACUGGGUGAUAGGUUAAGGGCUUUGAGAAACUGA